GUCAAGUUUCGGUGGUGUGAUAUGGCGCUGUGGCAGCUUUGAAAUGUCAGUCAUGCACUUCUUAUAUUAGGCUAGUCUUUUGGAAAGUGUUCCCAGCGCGAGGUAAAUGCUCGUUUUGUAUCUUCGUUGACAUCUCUGUAACCAGUUCUAGGUUUCUAAGCAGCAAAUCACACGCGCGACCAGUUCUAGGUUUCCAUUAGUCCAAUGAGCCGAGGCUGGUAGGAAUGCUCGUGGUUCGGAAAGGAUCCGUAUGGGGGGUGGCUGAUUUUCUUAGCAGGUUGGACGACGCGACGCAACAUUCCGUAUCGUACGGCGACGAUGCGACGCAAUAUUCUGUGUCUUACGGCGACGACGCGACGCAACGGUACGCGUCACACGGCGACGAUGAGGCAGGCUUCAGAGAUGGGAAGAGCAGCCAUUUCGACCGCAUCAGUCAAGGCGGGCCGAGAGAGCAGCGGGGAGAGAUGACGGGUGGGAAACUUCCCAGAAGCCGGGGAAGCGAAGGGUGGGGGAGAGAAGGGAGGGGAGGGUGGGAGAGGGAGGGCUGCAGCUGCAGCUGCGGAGCCGAAAGAACGAGAGAAAAACGAGAAGCCGUUUCCUUUAACGAGGGGAGGGCGGAACCAUUGCAAUAUUGCGACUACCCUCCAGCAGCCGAGUGCUUGUUAAAAGGCUGGUCGGUGCGAGCUUCUCAGUGGGACUCAGCAGCGUGCUGGGUUGACCCAGAGGGCAUGCGUCGAAGAGUUACUGGAGCUGGCGACGGGUCUGCAUGCGCCCCCUCCUUGCGUGACGCUUCCGGUGGUACUUGUAGCAGCUGCCAUAGUACAGGUGGGGGCGUUCAUAACGCGGACGAGAUGUUUUGUGGUAGCAGUAGGGCCAAUAGCAGUGGCACCAGCAGCAGCAGCGACAGCAACGGCAGUAGCAGCAGCAGCGAUGGCGGUUCAUGGGGUAGCGGACACGAUAGUAGGUGCCAUGGCUGGUAUAGCGACGGGCAGUCGCACAGGGAAGGUAGGUGCAGCGCUGGCGGUAGGCAUAGCAGGACUGGGGGCAGGUGCUGUUGGGAGGACUCGAAUAGUGACGGCAACACGAAUAGUGGCGGUAGAUUAGCCGGCCACGCUAGUGAUGAAGCGGGGGACAGUGCAAGGGAGGGCGCAAGGGAGAGCAGUCGGGAUAGGAAGAGCGGAUGGGUUGAGAAAGCGUUUAGGGUUUCGAGUAGCUCUGAGUGUGCUUCCACUAACAUCCUGACUGCACAGCAUCGCCCCCGCUCCUUCGCAACCCCCCCCGCUCCCUCCGCCCUCUUUCCCCACUCCGCGCGCCUUCCCCUCUGCCUUCCCCUCAUCCUCUCCUUCCUCCUCCUCCUCCUCCUCCCCCUCUCCCCCGCGCGCGCGCAAGUCCUCCCCUCGACUUUCCGCGUGCUGUCGUUCGUCGACACCUUCUGCGCCUCCCCGCUCGUUCCGCCCGACCGUCGCGAGGACGGCCCCGUCAUGGGGCCGCUCCCGGGGGGAAAUGGCGGGGGGACUAGCGCGGGAGGGGCGCAGAAGUCCGGGGCAGGGGGAGUUGGGCCGAACUGCGCAGUGACGGUUUCCACAGGGCUGUUACCGUCGCAAGCUGACAACAGUAGCAGUGACACUUACAACAGCACGGCCUGGCGACUCACGUAUGUAUUGGCUGUGGGUGUGGUCCCCACGGAUUUCGACUGGCCCGAUCAGACGGUACAGUCCAUACGCGUUAAUGGACGGGAGAUGCUCACUGCAGGGCCGUGCAGACCCGUGGGUCGGUGCGGGGGCACCCGCCCCUUCGCCUGCUACAUGGGGGACGUCUCGUGGGCGCUGCCCGCCCGUAACAGUGCUGCAGCCAGUAGUAACACCACUGGCAACCCUACUGUCAAUGCGACGCUCACUGUUACAGUUACGGCCUCGGCUAAGGUCGCGCAGCCGUGCCGUCUCUGUGGGGGCUUCCAGCAGUUACCCUGUCAGGUGUUACAAGCAGCGGUUCGCCUGACCGCUGUGCUGGUCCCAGUCUCGCUGCAGCAGCCGCAGCCGGGCCAGCCACUACAGGAGCAAGCUCCAGCCGGCGCCGCUACAGCCGUUGGUCCCGCUACAGCUUCUGGUUCAGGUAAUGGUAGCGGAAAAGUCCCGGCUGCAGUAUCAGGCGCGGUUGUAGCCGAAGGGGGAGGUGCCGCAGCAGGAGGGGCGCCGAAAGCGGCUGCUGAGGUGGCAGACGGCGGUGCUGCUAGCACCUCGGCGCCUGUGCCGCUGCAAAGCCGCCUGGCCGCAUCCCCCGCUGCCCAGGCGGCGACAGCGGCGGGCAGUUCCCUGAGCAGCAGCACUGGGGUGGUGGCCGGCGGCGAGGGAGUGCGGGGAGAAGCAGAGCCGCCCGCGCGAGCAGUAACGGUCGCAUCUGCACCGGGCGUGGCGGUGUCGUUUGUGCGCGGCCCAGGGGGGGUGUCCAAGGUGCCCCGGUCGCGAUUCUCUUGGCAGGCGCUGGAGACCAAGGGCGUGCACACGGCAGUGCGCUGCGACGGGUGCACCUACGUGUGUAAGCUCGACUCCCUCCCCGCGUUCCCCUGCCCGCGUGGCUGGUUCACAGCGAGGGGCCUCACGGACGGGCCCCACCUCUUCACAGUCACGGCGGUGAAGGGCGCCAAGGGGGUCACUGGCAGCCGCCUGCAGGCAGCUGCUGCCGCAGUGGGAGGAGGAGAGGUGGGAGGGGCGCAGGUGGAGGCUCAGGCACAGGCAACUUAUGAAUGGGUUGUGGACGCUGCCAGCCCGGUGCCAACACUGACUGUGGACCCCCCGCAAGCAAGGGAGGGGUCGGUGCGCAUCAACAUCACCUUUGACAAGCCGUGCCUGGGGCUGCAGUGCACCGCCACUGCCUGCGAUAUUGAGGCGUCACCACAAGGCAUAGUGACUAUAGACGCGUCCUCGUUCACAGCCUCGCAGGACGGCUCUAGCUACAGCGCCACGGCCACCCUGCCAUCCAUCACCAGCAGCAGUGGCGCAGAAAGCGCCAGCAGCAAUGCCACCAAUUCCACCAGCAGCAGUGGCAGCGCCGGCAGCAGCAAUGGCGCUGUGACGGUGGCUCUGAGGCCAGGCUCCUGUGCUGACUCCAGUGGGAGGGCGUGGACAGCGGGGUUUGACUCUUAUGCCGUCAUCAGGAUAGACCGGGACAGUCUCGAGGCGACCCUCUCGUGCGACACGCCCUUUGCCGUGGUGAAGUUCUUCACUCAGCUCCGAGCCACGCCGCGAGUCAGCCAGUCUCCCGUGACCUGCCGCGUGCUCUUCUCCAAGCCCGUGCGCACCUUCUCCUCCGCCUCGCUGGCUGUGGUGAACGCCACGAGCAGCGAGCCCCAAGCGGUGUCGGAUGUGGAGUACGAGUUCCAGGUGUGGCCCACGGGGGAGGGGUCCGUGGUGGUGGACAUACGCUCUGCGGACAUCACCGAUGCUGCCGGCAACAUCUGCCAGCCCACACAGCCCUUCUUCUUCUUCUUUGAUACCACGCCUCCCACGGUGCAGCUGAGCUCGAGUGAGAGCAGCACGGACACGGACUGGGUGUACCCCAUCCUCGUGGCCUUCUCGGAGCCCGUGCUGGGCUUCAACAGCUCCUCGCUGCAGCUCUCCAACGGGGUCAUCACCUGCUGGACGGGCGUGGACAGGGGUUUGGGGCGGUACUACGAGGUGACUGUGGCGGCAGUGAGUGAUGGCGAGGUGACUGUAUCGGUGCCGGGGGCAACGGUGGUGGACAUAGCAGGCAACCUCAACUCGCCCUCCAACACACUCUCCCUCACACACUACGCACCAGGAGACGCAGGCACCAUCACGGCGUGGGUGGUGACGGCAGUGCUGGGGUGGACCGCCCUGUCCACGGCCACCGUCUCCCUGGCCGUGACGAUCAAGGAGUCCGACCCCACCUCCUCGCCCGGCAUCCGCAUCGUCUCCAACCGCCCCUUCAGGGCCGUCAGCACGCCCGUGGUUGGGGCUGACCCUUCUAGGAACAUCCUGCGCAUGGCCCUGCAUCUGCAGGUGUUCGCCCUGACCCAGCACCUGGCGGUGCGAGUGCUGCCGCUCUUUUACCGCCAGCUCACAGGGGGCCUGCGCUGGACCUACUUCUACAUCCCGCCGCCCUUCAAAAGCUCCUUCGACGGCUGGAAGGGCGUGUAUGCCACUCCCACUGACGCGCCUGGGCAGAACAGCAGCGACCCCCAGCCCUCCUGUGCCCCGCUGUACCUGGCAACCAGGGGAGACAGUGCUGCAUCCUCCUCCUCCUCCUCCUCCAACCCCUCUAGCGCGGCACCAUCCAAGUUCUCCCCAAGCACCAAUAUCCCUCCACCAGAAGCAGCAGCAGCAGCAGCAGCAGCAGCAGACAGCACAUCCGCACACCCCUCCUCGCCCCCGUCUCCCUCUCUCCUCCAUCCUCGCAACCUCCGCCGCGUUCUCUCCUCGUCUCUCCGCUCCCUCCUCUCCUCCCUCGCCUCUCCCUCACUCAACCAUGCGUCCCAUCCGCGCACCAUGCGCUCCUCUCGCUCUAUCCGCAAUACUGCCAAUUCAAUGCCAGCCCACACCCAUGCCCAUGCCCAUGCCCAUGCCCACAUGCAAGCACGGCAACUGCAAUCAGCCACAUCACAUGUGCACAUGAGACAUGCCAUGUCACAUCACAGCAUCUCACAUCACAGCCUGGCACAUGGUCGCAGCUUGGGGUCCUCUCGAGCCCUCCCCUUCCUCCCCAUCCCCACCUCGCCCUCUCCCACCCGCCUCCUACGAGGCCUGCCCUUGAGCCCCCCCACUCUCUCCUCCUCCUCCGCCUCCUUUCACUCCUCCCUUUACUCCUCCUUCCCAUCCCACACACCCCUCUCGACUUCCCACUCACCUCACCCUUCAACCCAUUAUCAUCGCAUGCUUCAAGCGCAGACUGACAGUACCACAAGCACCAGCAACGGCACCAGCAGCAACAGCAGCGCAACCGGUUACAGUGACAGUUACUACAGUGCCAGUGGGUUCAACGCCUCUGCGUUUGUAGCAUUGGCAGCGGCAGGGGGAGGGGCAGGGGGGAAUGCAGCGGCAGUGGCAGCGGCUGGGGGUUUUGACCCGACGCUGCUGCCGCUGCUGAGCGAGGAGGAGUACGACUACAUGCAGGCAUGGGGUGACGCCUACUACUCGCACUACCCCAACCUCUUCUACUCCUACCACGGCUUUGAGCAGUUCUGCACGGUGCUCUUCUGGUUCGCCAUCUUCUUCUUCGCCCUCUCGCUCCUGCAACUGCUCUUCCAGUGGGCGUGGCAGCACUGGCGCUACCAGUGGCUCUACGGCCUGCUGGACCCGCCUCGCCUGCAGUUCCUCCUGCUCGCGCUCUCCCUGCUGGCCGUCUCCUGGGGCUGCACGCUGCUCAUCCGCGGCAGCAUGGAGCCGGGCGGCACGGCGGCGGGGCUGGCCGUGGGGGUGAUAGUGCUGAACCUGUGGCCCGUGCUCUUUCUCAUCUUCUCCUUCUCGGUCGUCUGGUACAUCGUCGUCCAGGAGCAAUUCGCGCGCUUCUUCGUGCGCGAGAUGACGGAGCCGCGCAACGAGGCGUGCAUCGCGUCGUUCGCGCGCACCUUCUGGGCGGCGCUGCGGCAGAAGCGGCUCAAGGGUCACUGGGUCACCAUCACGCCCUCGCAGAAACACAUUCUGCCGCGCUUUGGGAUCUUCUUUGAAGACUUCACAGUGUGGGGCUCUGUGGGAGCCUGGGGAGUGUUGAAGGACCGGCUGAGGGCUGCUUACGGCACUCUAGACUUUCUAAAAAUGGUGUUGGUGGGAGUGCUGGUGGGGGCAUGGAGCCCUGCAGCCAACUCCAUCGCCCAGCAAGCAUGCCUUCUCGUCCUCGCCUUCCUGCAGCUGCUCUUCCUCCUCUUCCUCCAGCCCUUUACCGAGCGCGGCCUGCAGGUGGUGGAGGCGGUGAGCGUGGGCGCGGAGGUGGUGCUGUUCACGUGCUCGCUGGUCAUGGCGAUCGACUGGGACAUGUCAUCCAAUGCCGCUGGCACUCUCGGGCUUGUCAUGGCAUUGGCCGUGGGUGCUGCCUUCAUCGGUCAGCUCUUCAACCACUGGGUGGCGCUGGGCCAGCAGAUCAACCGCAUGCUCAAUCCGCCUGACGAUGAGCGAAGCCCCUCGCACCGGUCGGAUGGCGACGAUUUCUCGGAUAAUGAUGACGAUGACCUGGACGACGACGACGAUGAUGAGGAUUUCGAUGACGAGGACGACGGGAACGGUGACGAGGAUGAGGAGGAUGAUGACGAUGAUUAUGAUGACGAUGACGAUGAUGAGGAGGUGGACACAAGCAUGGAUGAAGGGGAGAGGAUCCGGCAACAGCAACAGCAGGGGCAAUGACACCCUUCCCCCCCUCACUCACCCUCUCUUUCCCCCUCAUGCUCUCGGCCCACACUCUUACCUCCCUAUUAACCCCCGUCAAUGGUGUGACGGAACCACCGGUUGGCCACUAACAUCUCCCCAAUCUAUCGCCAGUACGUUGGCUCCCCCAAGCCCCCUUCCCUGUAGCCUUAGCUCCAUCUCUCGGCACCACCAGCCAUACUGGCACCCCUGCAGCUGCUGCCCUCCCUGCCUUACCUGAUAGCAUGAUGCAGUUGUGCACUGGUGAAGUGUAUUUGCGUUUGUGCUUGCUGCAACUACUCGCUGCCUGCAAGCCAGAUACCAUAUUAACGACAAGGCUUCAUUGCUAGCUGAUUUAUGUGCUUAUUUAUUGAUGUAGUUAAAUGUCCCUAAUGGGUUAGAGUCUCGACUUAGUAUCUAUGUACGCAUUCUUGAAUAAAUUGGAGAGCACUUG